GAGGAAAAAAACAGAGAAACAAAAAAAAUAUCCGCGAUCCAUACGGAUACAGAAAUAAGAGAAAUAUAAACCAAAGUUGGCUGAACGGUUCUGUUAGUAGUAUCAUACAAUAUGUUUGCUAGUCUACGUACGUCUCUGAGCCAUGCCGCAAGGCGUGCUCCCGUCAACAAGUUGAUGGCCCGUACCAUGGCCGGUGCUGCCGCUGCCUCGACUGGUCGCAUCAUCUCUGUUAUCGGAGCUGUUGUUGAUGUCCAGUUCGACGGAGAUCUGCCCCCCAUUCUAACUGCGCUUGAUAUGCAGAAGGAUGGAAAGCGUCUUGUGCUUGAAGUCGCUCAGCAUUUGGGUGAGAACGCCGUGCGAACCAUUGCUAUGGACGGUACCGAGGGUCUAAUCCGUGGUCAAGUAGUUCAGAACACCGGAGCCCCCAUUAUGAUCCCCGUAGGUGUCGCUACCCUUGGACGUAUUAUCAACGUUAUUGGUGAGCCCAUUGACGAGCGAGGUCCCAUCGAUGCUAAGAUGGAGCUUCCCAUCCACAAUCUUGCUCCCCCAUUCGUGGAUCAGUCCACCGAGGCCGAGAUUCUGGUAACCGGUAUCAAGGUUGUCGAUCUGCUAGCCCCCUACGUAAAGGGAGGCAAGAUUGGACUUUUCGGAGGUGCCGGUGUCGGUAAGACUGUGUUCAUCAUGGAGUUGAUUAACAACAUCGCCAAGGCCCACGGAGGUUUCUCCGUGUUCGCCGGUGUAGGUGAGCGUACUCGCGAGGGUAACGAUUUGUUCUACGAAAUGAUCGAGUCUGGUGUCAUCAUUCCCGAUGGACCUGGAUCCAAGGUGGCCUUGGUAUACGGACAGAUGAACGAGCCCCCAGGAGCCCGUGCCCGUGUUGCCUUGACUGGUUUGACUUCCGCCGAGUAUUUCCGUGAUUACGAAGGUCAGGAUGUGCUUUUCUUCAUUGACAAUAUCUUCCGUUUCACUCAGGCUGGUUCCGAGGUGUCUGCCCUUCUAGGUCGUAUCCCCUCCGCUGUUGGUUACCAGCCUACACUCGCCACUGAUAUGGGUACGAUGCAGGAGCGUAUUACCACCACCAAGAAGGGAUCCAUUACCUCUGUACAGGCUGUGUAUGUGCCCGCCGAUGAUUUGACUGAUCCCGCCCCCGCCACCACCUUCGCCCAUUUGGAUGCCACCACUGUGUUGUCUCGUGCCAUUACCGAACAGGGUAUCUACCCUGCCGUCGAUCCCCUGGAUUCCAGUUCCCGAAUCUUGGACCCUCGUGUGGUUGGCGAGGAUCACUACAACACUGCGCGUAACGUGCAGAAAAUGCUUCAGGAUUACAAGGCUCUUCAGGAUAUCAUUGCUAUUCUGGGUAUGGAUGAGUUGUCCGAAGAGGACAAGCUUACCGUCGCCCGUGCGCGUAAGAUCCAGAAGUUCCUGUCACAGCCCUUCACCGCUGCUACGGUCUUCUCCGGUGUCCCCGGUGAGCUGGUACCCCUCGCGGAGACCAUUGCUGGUUUCAAGGCUGUUAUGAGUGGUGAGUACGAUCAUCUGCCCGAGGCUGCCUUCUACAUGGUAGGAAACAUCGAGACUGUCGUUGCCAAGGCCGACAAGAUCGCUAUGGAGACGUCCGAAAACUAAGUAAAAUGUAAUCUGAACUUGUAAAAAGUACCGGUUACGCUUUAGGUACGCAGAAAUAUUAAAUGAUGGAUUCAUAGUAAGUAGACAGAGGUUUGCUGGGAAUUCGUAGAUUAAUGACACGCGGUUCAAAUUGUUUCUGCUUUAUAAUGUAUGGAUGUAGAAUAAAAAUGAGUCUAACAUUUAAAAC